AUGGAUUCUUGUCAAGAAGAAUCGGAAUUAGCUCACAGUCAAGCAUUCCGUAAUCUUCUUAUCAGCAUUGCAGUCAUAUCAGCUCUAGCAGUUAUUGCUGAAUUGUGGGCGAUAAAAGGUAAAACCAGUCAGAUGUUACUCCAUCAAAAUACCCGAAUGUUGCUCAUCGUUCACCAAAUAUGGCUUAUCAUUCACUGCAUCGCCAGAAUCAUUGCUUAUGUGUAUGUAAUGAUUACAUAUCACAAGCAUACUGACAACAAUUGUGAUCACAUGAUGUCAUUACGGGAAUGCUUCAUGAUUCGUACAUUAGUCACGUUAACAAUAUUUUUGAACGCCAUUUCGAUACCAGCGAUAGUCAUUGAACGAGCGAUUGCGACGUAUUUUACAUCAACAUAUGAAAAAAUUGGCAACAAAAUCGGUGUUACGUUGGUCACAGCACAGGUAUUUGAAACAAUUCUAUCAGACAGGAUACGCCGUGAAAACACUCAGCUCAGUUUGUCGCAACGUUAUCAGAUCAAGGAAAAUAUCAUGUCUAUUCAGACAAUGUUACCGCUUCUGGCAUUUCAGUCAUUAUUUUUAACUAUAUUUUUAACUGCGAUAUUAUUAAAUUACUUAUUAAACUUCAACUUAACCACAAAACGAUUUGCAUUUUAUAUAGAAGGUUUGUUAUUUUAGCU